ACCGCGCGCGGUGCCGGGGGCGGAGGCAAGGGUCCCGGCUCGGCGGCAUGCGGAGCAGCCGGCGGCGGCCAGGAGCGCGGCGGCGUGGGGGUGUUCCCUCACCAAACACAGCCCCACCUGCACCAAGGCUAUGAGCCCGGACAGCCCGGACAGUCCCAGCCACACUGGCCUGGAUCUUGCCCCAAUAGUUUCCAGCUCCAGCAAAUAGAAUUUCUCAAGGGGCAGCUCCCAGAAGCACCCCUAAUUGGUAGGCAGACCCAGUCACUGCCUCCAUUCCUCCCAGGAUUCUGGCCAAGGUUCCUACAACCGCCUGUCCAAGUCCAGCAACUAGACAUCAGGAGUGUGCCUGACAGAAGUCAGGGGCCCCAGACAGCAUCCCUGCCACCCUUGCCACCCAGCAGGGGUCAGCCAUGGAAAGGUUUUGACCGACUUUGCUCCCGCCUCCAGAUUCUGAGCCUCAGUCAGGAUCUCCAGCCGAGGGUCCUAGCCCACUUGGAGGCGCUGGGAGAGGGGAAGGCCACCACAGCUCAGGUACUGGCCACGAAGCUCAGGGCCCCGAAGAAAGACAUCAAUCGUGUUCUAUACUCCCUGGCCAAAGAGGGGAAGCUGCGUAAAGGGGCAGAAACACCCCCUCAGUGGAGCCUCGCAGAGUCAGGUCAGGCCCGGAACCACGCACCUACAGUCGAGAAUCCAGAGAGCCAGGGAGCCCCGCACGCAGAGCCCAGCUUGGAAAGUGAAGACGGGGACCCCGCCUGUGACGCGCAAGACCCCCCUGAGCCUCUUGACAUGGCUGAGAUCAAAGAGAAGAUCUGUGACUACCUGUUCCACGUGUCCAACUCCUCCGCCCUGAACCUGGCCAAGAACAUCGGCCUCACCAAGGCCCGCGAUGUCACUGCGCUACUGAUGGACUUGGAGAGGCAGGGGGACGUGUGUCGGCAAGGGGCAGCCCCUCCCCUGUGGUGCCUGACCCACAAGAAGCGGGAAAGGCUGCAGGUCAGGAGGAGCGCUCCUGCGGCCGCUCCAGCCGCUGUCCCCGAGGCCACCAGAAGCACAGCCCUUUCCACCUGCCACCCGUCCCUGUCAAGUGCCUCGAACAGCAUGGCGACCCCCAGGAGAGUGGAGAACGGGCAGGAACACGUGACGAAGUCGGAAAGCAGGCAGGAGGCCAGGCCGGGACCAGUGAGAUCGAGGCCACCCGUUUACCACAACGGCCCCUCCAGAGCAGGGUAUGUUGACUUUGAAAACGGUCAGUGGGCCACAGAUGACAUCCCAGAUGACCUGAAUAGUAUUCGCACAGCACCAGGUGAGUUUCGAGCCAUCAUGGAGAUGCCCUCCUUCUACAGCCAGGGCUUGCCACGGUGCACACCCUACAAGAAACUGACUGAGUGCCAGCUGAAGAACCCCGUCAGCGGGCUGUUAGAGUAUGCUCAGUUCGCUAGUCAGACCUGUGAGUUCAACCUGAUAGAGCAGAGCGGACCGCCCCAUGAACCUCGAUUUAAAUUCCAGGUUGUCAUCAGCGGCCGAGAGUUUCCACCAGCCGAAGCCGGCAGCAAGAAAGUGGCCAAGCAGGACGCCGCCAUGAAAGCGAUGACCGUCCUGCUUCGGGAAGCCAGAGCCAAGGACAGCGGGAAGCCGGAAGACUCAUCCCUGUGUCCCGCGGAGGACUCAGACAAGACAGCGGAGUCCCAGCCCCCCGCCUCCUCGGCAACCUCCUUGUUCUCUGGGAAGAGCCCUGUCACCACACUCCUGGAAUGCAUGCACAAACUGGGGAACUCCUGUGAAUUCCGACUGCUCUCCAAAGAAGGCCCUGCCCAUGACCCCAAGUUCCAGUACUGCGUUGCGGUGGGAGCCCAAACCUUCCCCCCUGUGAGUGCCCCCAGCAAGAAGGUGGCGAAGCAGAUGGCUGCGGAGGAAGCCAUGAAGGCCCUGCAUGAGGAGGCGGCCAGCACGGCUGAUGACCAGUCUGGAGAGGGGAACACGGACCUGCCGGAUAACCUGGAGUCGGGGACGCCCAGCCAGAUCCGGAGGAUUGGCGAGCUCGUCAGGUACCUGAACACCAACCCCGUGGGCGGCCUGCUGGAGUACGCGCGUUCCCAUGGCUUCGCCGCCGAAUUCAAGUUGGUCGACCAGUCCGGACCUCCUCAUGAGCCCAAGUUCGUGUACCAGGCGAAGGUCGGGGGCCGCUGGUUUCCCGCCGUGUGCGCGCACAGCAAGAAGCAGGGCAAGCAGGAGGCGGCGGACGCGGCCCUGCGCGUCCUCAUUGGGGAGAGCGAGAAGGCGGAGCGCGUGGGUCUCGCAGAGGUAACCCCAGUGACCGGGGCCACGCUCCGAAGAACUAUGCUCCUCCUCUCCAGGGCCCCAGACGCACAGCCAAAGACACUCCCUCUAACCGGCAGCACAUUCCACGACCAGAUAGCUAUGCUGAGCCACCGGUGUUUCAACACCCUCACCAACAGCUUCCAGCCCUCCCUGCUUGGCCGCAAGAUCCUGGCUGCCAUCAUCAUGAAGAAAAACUCGGAUGACAUGGGUGUCGUCGUCAGCUUGGGGACAGGGAAUCGCUGCGUGAAGGGAGAUUCCCUCAGCCUGAAGGGCGAAACCGUCAAUGACUGCCACGCAGAAAUCAUCUCCCGGAGAGGCUUCAUAAGGUUUCUGUACAGCGAGUUAAUGAAGUACAACCCACACACUGCCAAGAACAGCAUCUUCGAGCCGGCCAGGGGCGGCGAGAAGCUCCAAAUCAAAAAGAGCGUGUCGUUUCAUCUCUACAUCAGCACGGCACCGUGUGGGGACGGCGCCCUCUUUGACAAGUCCUGCAGUGACCGCGCCGUGGAAAGCACAGACUCCCGCCACUACCCCGUCUUUGAGAAUCCCAAGCAAGGCAAGCUCCGCACCAAGGUGGAGAACGGAGAAGGGACAAUUCCUGUGGAGUCUAGUGACAUUGUGCCCACGUGGGAUGGCAUCCGGCUCGGGGAGAGGCUCCGUACCAUGUCCUGUAGUGACAAAAUCCUGCGUUGGAACGUGCUGGGCCUGCAAGGGGCACUCUUGAGCCACUUCCUGCACCCCGUGUACCUGAAAUCUGUCACACUAGGUUACCUCUUCAGCCAAGGGCAUCUUACCCGAGCCAUUUGUUGUCGUGUGACGAGAGACGGGACGGCCUUUGAAGACGGACUACGGUAUCCCUUUGUUGUCAACCACCCCAAGGUCGGCCGAGUCAGCGUGUACGAUUCCAAAAGGCAGUCCGGGAAGACGAAGGAAGCCAGCGUCAACUGGUGCUUGGCCGAUGGCUACGACCUGGAGAUCUUAGAUGGCACCAGGGGCACCGUGGAUGGACCAGGGCAUGAAUUGUCCCGGUUGUCCAAAAAGAACAUUUUCCUUCAGUUUAAGAAGCUCUGCUCCUUCCGCUACCGCAGAGAUUUACUGAGACUCUCCUAUGGGGAAGCCAAGAAGGCUGCUUGGGACUACGAGCUAGCCAAGAACUACUUCAAGAAAAGCCUGAAGGACAUGGGCUACGGGAACUGGAUCAGCAAACCCCAGGAGGAAAAGAACUUCUAUCUCUGCCCCGUGCCCAAUGACUGAUGGCGUGGGCAUCUCCUGCAGGGCCCGAGGGAGGCCACUGCAUUCCUCAUCACACUGGUGUAGUUCGGGGGGCUUUGUUUACUUUUUUUUUUUUUUUUUAGUGGAACCAUAAUUGAUGGUAUGGUACCAAGAACUUCAGGUUCCUAUUCACCCUGCUUGCUUUGGGAUUUUGAGGGGGGGUCUGGCCAACCCCCCUCCUUUUAUCCCAAGCAAAGAGGCAGAUACGAACGGAAGAGAAAGGAGAGAAUGGGUUUGUCCUCCACCCAGAGCAGAAGCUGUCACUGCGCCCGUGGCCCAUUGCCUUUCAGGGUUCCCCCACCCCCACCCCCACUUCCUUUUUCUUUGCUACACUGACCUCUUGUGGACGUAAGUGCCAGUCCAUUCUCUAUGAAUCAUGUCACGAUUUUAUUUGUGGAUCUGCAGGCCCCUCAACCUCUCCUCCUCCCCCUCUGGGAUUCCCUCCUGUGAUCAUUAAGUCUCUCCUUCCCCACCACCGAGAGCAAAGGGGUUCGUGAACCUAAGGACUCUGGAGAGCCGUUUACAAGGCAGGAGUGGAAAGCUUCAGUCAGGCGGCUGCAGCACGGUGGUGCUGUGGUUGGGGUCCGCAAGUCUUGCCCAGCUACGGGCUGCGCUGGCCAGCCGGGGAGCUGCUGCUUUGGGACUGACCGCGUCCCUUCCUGGCCAGCAGGGAAGGAAGUUGAGAACCAGCCACGGGUUUGGGGAACUGUGCCCGAGCAGCAGUGAGAUUUCCCCUGCAGUGGCCCACAGACCACUUCCUAGGAAGCACUGACUUCCCAGGGAGCAAGAACAUUCCUUGGAAUAUGGCCACCCUCCCAUCUACCCUUCCAGAAGCAUUCCCAGGGAGAGGGCUCUGCCUGGACGGAGUGCGGGGCCACAGACGUCAGUCGACUGGGAGGACGGGGUGCGGGGGGCGUAUGGGGGGGCCCAGGACAAGUCCUAGAGGGCAGAUCGCCUCUGCCCAGUCAGUCAGGACCGAAUAAGAGGCGCAUGAUGUUUAGGUCAUCACUGUGCUGGGGAUCCCUCUCCCGGCACUGAUACCAAUGGAAGUCGACUAAGCCUCGUGUAAGUUAAGAGUUCUUGAAAGACGACAAGCGCUGCAGUUACACAGACUAAAGAUUCCCAUGUGUUUCCCCCACCCACUCACAUGCCAGGCUGCCUCAGAAGCUGGCUCAUAAACAGGGCACAGGCUCGAGGUUGGUCCUGCCCCUUAGGGAAUCCGGGGGUCAGCAGACACCACAGCAGCAGUAGGUGGCACGGCAGACCAACCCUCGCACUCGAGGAUGGCCUCCCUUGCCCGAUGCCCCGCGCUGGCUCACGCGCGCGUGGCGCCUUGGGCCUGGUAGAAACCACCUCUGACACCAAGCCAACCGUCAGACCGCUUUGGUGGCGGCCCUGCCUCCUGCCGGGGCGGAGUCUGCCUUGCUCCCGUUCCCUGGGGUCAAGCGCGUACACCCGUGCCUCAUGACAGACUCUCCCUACUCCGUGCUCGCCCUUCGAGCCAUCGACUGGUUCACCCAACCUCCCGCCCACCUCUUCAACAGCAGACACCCAUGUGAGCACUUUUAUUCAGGCUACUGUCUCCUGUGUACUUGAGAUCACAAACCAGCCAACACGCUAGAGUCCAAGUUUUAAAAAUACCCUAAGGAUGUUUUUGCACAACAUCAAAGCAUCCCAAGGACCUGGUCGGGAAGGUGCCGGCAUGGGGGUGGGGGUCUGCUUGCUUGCUUCGGGAACACUGCCCUACUGGAUGGUCAGCGGGAGGCGCACUCCACCCCAGCGCCAGCCACCCCCCUCCCCAGGGAGCUAUCUGGCAGCCAGCUCUGGGGAGAAAGCUCCUCCCCAGGGGGUCCACCCACUGAUUCCUCAGGAUUCCCCGCCCCCCCCCCAUCAUCCUGGGCUCUAGUUGGGCAGAGCUGGCCCCUGUAUCUCCUCAGAAGACCCUAAAUCUCCCCCACAUGCAUCCUGUCUAGCAAACUUGCUGCUGGCAUUGGGCAUCUGCCACGGGAGGAGAGGGAGAUGCCCUGCCCUCCGUGCACCUGCUGGAAGUGAGCCGCGUGCCCCCCCCACACACACACCCCUGCGCUCCGCACUGGAGAAGGGGGCAGCGCCUCCACUCAGUGUCCCCUCACUUCUCGUCAAGUCUUUGUUUUUGAAGCGCAAGGCCACACCACCGUCUUAAUGAUUUUCAUAGUUGAUCUGUCCCAGUCAGUCGUGCACCCUCGAAUAAUCACCUGUUUAAAAAAAAAUUGUUCAAUGCUUGAAGCUAUUUCCCGUACUCAAGUUGAAGGGGCUUCGUUGGCUUCUGGGGUCUCGGCAGUGACUCCAAGAGCCAAGUGGGUGAGAGCCCAGGCACAGCCUUGGUGCUGGCCGCGGUCCAGUUUCAUGACUGCGCUUUUUGUGUCCCUUAGCAAGUAUCGACAUACAUUCCUCAGAAAUAAAAACAGUGAGAGUUCAGAAGUGUCA